AUGUGUGGCAUCAGUGUUGUCGUCGCCCUUCACGGCACAUCUCUUGAUGAUGGCACACGAAGCACUGCGGCACAGCUCAAUGAGAGCUUGAACAGGAUCUCUCAUCGAGGGCCGGACUCCAGAGGUGUAUGGGUCAAUGAUGACCAAAGCGUUGCGAUGGGGCACUGCCGUCUAGCCAUCAACGAUCUUACCACAGAUGGACACCAGCCGCUUCACAGCAUCAACGGCCACAUCCAUGCGGUUGUCAAUGGCGAAAUUUAUGAUUACGACCGCCUUAGGGUAGAGCUGAGUCACCAAUUUGGCUAUGAGUUCAGGGCCAGAUGCGAUUCCGAACUGGUCAUUGCACUCUACGAAACCUAUGGAAUGUCUUUCCUCUCGAAGCUUCGCGGUGAGUUCGCGCUUUGUCUGUACGACUCGACUAAACAGUACUUCGUUGCUGCUCGGGACCGAUAUGGCAUCAAGCCUCUGUUCUGGACUGUGAUAGGCAGCAGACUCCUGAUAUCUGCAGAGGCGAAAGGCUUCCUCCCGCUGGGGUGGAAACCUGAGUGGGAUGUCAAGAGCAUUCAGGAGUCCGGGUGGAAUCAUGAUCAACGGACGCUCUUCAAGAAUGUCAACAAAGUUCGGCCAGGGCAUUACCUGGCUUUGCACUUACCAUUUGGAUAUCCCGAGCCCCGGCAAUAUUGGGACAUCAACUACAGAGACAAACGCGAAGUGGAUAUGCGUGAGGAACACGAGAUGAUUUUGGGUGUCAGAGACAGGCUUCUCGAGUCCAUUCGACUUCGCCUGCGAGCUGACGUUCCAGUUGGGAUCUACUUAUCAGGUGGGAUCGACUCUUCGGCGAUUGCCGGCGUGGUCAACCACCUAGUCAACAAGCAGGGCGUGAAACUCGGCAUCCAAGGCGCCACCGAGAGGAUAUCCUGCUUCAGUAUAUCUUUCGACAAAGAAAGCGGGUUUGACGAGUCGGAUAUUGCAGGUCGGAUUGCAGAGUGGCUCGGCGUCAAGCACGUCAAAAAACACAUGGAUGAACAGGGGCUGGCCGAGAGAUUCGAGGAUGCAACCUAUCACUGCGAGCAUCAUAAUCACGAUCUGAACUUCGUUGGGAAAUACGCACUGUCUGAAGUUCCACAUGAGAAUGACUGCAAAGUCAUUCUCACAGGUGAAGGCGCAGACGAACAAUUCGCAGGCUAUCCUUUGUACAUUCCUGACUUCCUCCGGGAGCCUGACCUCGCCUGGCCAGGGCAGGAGUCACCUCCUGAAAACGUACGCGAACAGCUCUGUACUGACUUCGAAACACAAAUCACGGGCUCCUAUUCAUUGAUAGGGGCAGAUGUGUCGAACCGCGGCCCUUCUCUUGCCCGCCGCCAGUUAAACAACACAACUACUCCCGCAUCGAUGGCGGCCUUCCAACUUCCGCCCAAGUUUUUCACACACUGGACUCGUUGCUAUGCCUCUUCCACUCCCCUCGACACCAUUGCAAACAACGUUGAUGGUCGUGUACUCGACCUCAUUCAGAACAGCUGGCACCCACUUCAUUCAGCAUUAUACGUCUGGACCAAAGGUCACUUAGCAAACAACUUUCUGUCCUGUCUGGGUGACCGGACGGAAAUGGCACACAGUAUCGAGGCAAGACCUCCUUUCCUCGACCACGAACUGGCCGAGUACGUGAACAACCUCCCGCCUAGUGUCAAGCUUCGCUGGAACCCCAGCUCCCAUGCUAUCACGGAGAAAUGGGUUCUGCGCGAGGCCGUUAAACCCUUUGUCACAGACGAGAUUUACAAAAGAAGCAAGCAUCCCUACACAGCUCCCGCAACUUGGCCGGCCGGCGGACCAAUACACCAAUUACUUGAACGCUUGGUGACCAAAGCAAAUGUUGAUCAGCUAGGAUUUCUAGACUGGGAACAUGUAAAAGAUCUUGUUGGCGUGGCUUUCUUGGAGAAAGACGUAGCGUCUUUUCGACAAGCGUUGAUCAUUGCAGAGUGGGUUGUCAUCUCACAGAGAUUCGGCGUGGAGAAGGCGGCCUGCGAUCAGAUUUGA